AGUUCAGUGUCGCCUGCUGACUGUGAAGGCGGAAGUUCCGGCAGGCUAACUUCCCUGUGUCCAAUAAUUCAUUCCUGCUUUCUGGAUCCAGCUUAAUCAGUGCAGACAUGUCUACCGCCUACAAGAACAGAAUCCAGGAGUUUAAAUCGGCGUUGGCAGAGGACACCAUCAACCUGACGGCUCUCAGGGAGCUGAGCUUCAGCGGAAUUCCUCAUGAGGAAGGGAUCCGCUCGCUGUGCUGGAAGAUCCUUCUCAACUAUCUGCCUCUGGAUCAGACCUUAUGGGAGUCCUUCCUCAAAAAGCAAAGGGAGGUCUACUCUCAGUUCCUCAGAGAAAUGAUCAUCCAGCCGGGCAUCGCCAAGGCCAACCUGGGCCUGUCCAGAGCAGACGUAACGCUGGAGGACCACCCUCUGAAUCCGAACCCAGACAGCCGCUGGAACACCUACUUCAAAGAUAACGAGAUCUUGCUGCAGAUCGACAAGGAUGUGAGGCGGCUGUAUCCCGACAUGGCGUUCUUCCAGCGGCCCACCGAGUAUCCCUGCCAGCUGAUCCUGGACCCUCAGAACGACUACGAGACGCUGAGGAGACGGGUGGAGCAGACCACUCUGAAAGCCCAAACCGUGAACCGGAACCGCAGCGGAGUCACAAACGUCAGCUCUCCUGGGAAAGCUCUGAACCUGUAUCCGUCCAACGAGUACGAGGUUCUUCCUAACGGCAGCGAGGCUCACUGGGAGGUGGUGGAGCGGAUCCUCUUCAUCUACGCCAAACUCAACCCCGGCAUCGCCUACGUUCAGGGCAUGAACGAGAUCGUGGGGCCCAUCUACUACACGUUCGCCACGGACCCCAGCAGCCAGUGGAAAGAGCACGCCGAGGCCGACACGUUCUUCUGUUUCACCAACCUGAUGUCGGAAAACAGGGACAACUUCAUCAAGAGCCUGGACGACUCCCAGUGCGGCAUCACCUGCAAGAUGGAGAGCGUCUACUCCAUGCUGAAGGAGAAGGACCUGGAGCUGUUCCUCAAACUGGAGGAGCAGAACAUCAAGCCUCAGUACUUCACCUUCCGCUGGCUCACCCUGCUGCUGUCUCAGGAGUUCCUCCUGCCGGACGUCAUCCGGAUCUGGGACACCCUGUUCUCCGACAAGGACCGCUUCCACUUCCUGCUCCUGGUCUGCUGCGCCAUGCUGAUACUCAUCCGGGACAACCUACUGACCGGAGAUUUCACCACCAACAUGAGGUUACUGCAGGAUUAUCCAAUCUCAGACGUUCACACCAUCCUGACCAAAGCCAAAGAGCUGCAGGAGAACUCCUAACGAGAUGUCCUCCUGCUGAUGUCCGAACAUUUCUCCUGGAAGGACACUGAGGAGCCGGGACUGUUCUUUGGGAAAACGCAGAAAUCUGCUUUUUAACGGAAGGUCAAACCUUGAAGGAAACAUUUGGGAGACAGAGACAUCUGGUACUUCCUUUGGAAAGUCUUUCUCCUUUGUCAGACAUUUUAUUUCCCCCAUAAAAUGAUCAAAAACUGACAUUUUUAUUGAUCAUCUGGUGGAGAAGGGACCACAGCGACCAACACUACAGGUGUGAUUGUCAGAAGACACCCAGCGGAUGGAGAGAAGAAUCUGAUGUCUGAUUGGAUCAUCAGAGAUCUUGUUUUAAUUAUUAAUGUCGGCGGAAUUUUGGCAUUUUCUUCUUCUGAAGCGGGAAGCGGCAUUCCUGGAACCAGGAAUUCAUGAGCUCCACGUCUUCAGUGCUUCAUCUGUAACCCGUCUUCAGCGCAGCUCCAGCUCGGAGUCAUAACAUCUUGAUCUGUUUCUGGAUAUUUGAAUCUGAUUUAAUUCUUUUAUUAAUCAGAACAUACCUGGAUUUCUGUGCAGAUACUCAUUUUCCAGUUUAAGUUCCAGUAAAACCAGCAGAUGGUUGGCUGCUCCUCGUUCAGUAUGAAAGCAUUUAUAACCUGAUGAUGGAGCUCCAGGCGCCACCGCUUCCCCUACUUACAUCUGAUUUUUUCGGUGCAGACUAAUUCCUGGUGAAGCACAUUAAUGUUUGAUAUUAUUUCUUUGUUUUAUCUGCUGCUUCGCAGUGAAAAGAUUCCAGGUCGAACCCAAGUUAACAGGAAACCAGGAAGUUAUAAACCAGCCUCUCAGUUCUUCCUGAAAUUCUUCCUCUGAUCCAGAGUGAAACAGCUGCUGUCGGCUUUCUAUCCAGUUUCAGUCCAGCAUCAUAGAAGGGUCCCGUCUAGAAAAUGUAGUUCUCCUGUAGGAGAACGGUGUUUGAAAGUUAGAUCUAGAUCCUCCUCUAGAUAAAGACUGUUUGAUACGUUCUAUAAACUUCACUUUGAUACAAAACUGAGGUCUUCCUAAGUUUUUUGUUCCACUUUCUAAUCGUUUUGACCUCCACUGUUAGCCAUACCAGAUACUAAAGAGGCUUUUCUGAUUAAUCUGCGGAUUCAAACAAAAAAGAAAGUUGGUGUCCAACAUUAACACCUUAGAUGUUUGGUUGUUUUAGUUCAACGCUUCCUUCCUUCUUUUGAGUUACGAUUAUAUUUCAGCUAGGGUUACUUGCAUGUCUGAGUUUACAACAUUUCUCUGGAAGUUUAGCCUUACUGCACUGAAACUGGGUAAAAAAGAAGCCACAGCUGUAGAAGAAGAACUCUGGGUCUCCAGGUUUUCUAAAGGUCUGAUAACGAGUAGCACGAAGCAUCGAGAUCGUAGGAAGGAUGUUGAAAGGAAACGAGGUUCGGAUUUUUGUCUGGCAAUAUUCAGAAACGCCUAAAAGUAUCGUCUUGUUAAGAUCAAAGUCUAUAAAGUGUUUUGAUUAAAACCUGUUUUUGAUUUUUCAGAAAUCUUGUAACAAAACGAAACAGACAUUUUUUUUUUUUUUUGCCAAACAGUAAUUUUCCUUUGAUAAACAUCAGGUCAGUUUCAGAAAUCCCCUCAAUGACCUUAAACCUUUUAUUGUUUUUAUGACACUAAAGACAUCAUCCGACAUUU